AUGAGCUUUAACAUUGCAGGCAAUGUUAGUGAGGACCGUGUGCCUCUUCCCGUCCUGGACAUCUCCUCCCCAACAAUUAAUUUUGAAUGUGGUGUGAGCAAUCCUAGAACAAUUUUUUUGGAUUUUAGAACCAGUUCUAGCAGAGUGGCAGCCGCUAAGCCAAUGGUGGUGGGUGGAAUAACAGCGAAGAUCAAUGCCUGGCCCUGGAUGGCGUUGUUGGGGCAGCGGGGCCCCAAGCUCAAUAUCUCCUGGUUCUGCGGCGGUGUCCUUCUCAACCCUCGUUGGGUCCUCACUGCUCAACACUGA